AUCUUCCCGAGUGAAAUCGGCCUGUCGGAACUCGCAAGGCUCUGACGGCUCCUCGGUGAAAAUUCUAGCAGCAUUCGAUAUCUGCGACCCUCGGACUUGACAUCCGACUAUCCGGCCACAUAAUGAAAAGGAACGAGUUCGUUUCAUCGUCCAGGAGGACGUCUCGCAGGAGGCAUUUCAAUGCCCCUUCUCACAUCCGGAGGAAGAUCAUGUCAUCGACUCUGUCGAAGGAUCUUCGUCAGAAGUACAACGUGCGAUCGAUGCCGAUCCGCAAGGAUGAUGAGGUCCAAAUCAUGCGUGGCCAUCACAAGAGCCAGCAGGUGGGCAAGGUCGUGCAGGUUUACCGAAAGAAGUACUGCAUCUACAUCGAACGUAUUCAGCGAGAGAAGGCCAACGGAGCCUCCGCUUACGUACCCAUCCACCCCUCGAAUGUCCAGAUUGUCAAAUUGAAGAUCGACAAGGACAGGAAAAAUCUCCUUGAGAGGAAGGCCAAGGGCCGCCUCAGCGCAGGAGACAAGGGCAAGCACACCGAAGAGAGCGUGCAGAUGGACACUGCGUAAAUAAAUUGAGCGCUUUGUCGUGGUCAAAA